AUGGAUGCAUGGCGCUGCAGCACGUUGGCGAGAAGGCCUCGAGGCGCCUCAAGUUGUUCGGCCCCGAAGCAAAAUUGUCCUGAGACAGGAACGGCACUUUCUCCCUGCCUGGAUUGGUCUGUAUCGACAGCUGGCAGCUCAGUGGCGAAGGGGGCCGCCAGCGCCGAGUUUCACAGUCGCUCCUGCAGCUUCGAAAGCACGUCGCUCUUUGAAAUGGAGACAGGGCCACGGGUGGAUGGGGAGGCGACGGGCGGCUCCGAGAGGAAAGACCGAAGGAAUGCCCGGGGAGAGGCUCGAUCCUCGCUCGAAGGAGAGCGCAGUGGCAUGAGAGAGAAAACAGCCCGGUGCGAGGAAGGCGGUAGCACUCUUCCAGAAGGAAGCAAGAGGAGAUGGGACAAGAAGAAAGGAGAAGUGAGCAAGGCGGUGGACUGGGGAAGAGGAAAACCGCGAGCUGGGGGGAAAGAAAGGAAGACCCAUGAGAAAAGCUCUCGGAGUCCCCAGCUGCAGCCUCGAGAGAGACGCAGGGACACAGAAGAGGAAGAGAAACGGGAGACCGGACAUGUCAGUCACCGCUCGAAAUCGCCGUCUCGCGCCAGCCAUGGCGGAAUCAAGAACGCUCCCGAAGACACUGGUGAAGAGCGCAGACAAGAAAUGCGGCCUCACCGAAGGAACUCGGAACAGUACAGCCGUGAGGCUUCUCGCGACCGUGCGUCUCCAAGGCACGUCGAAAGUCGCCGACGCGAGAAUGCCAGCGUCCAGUGUCGCUCUCAACCAGGAGAAGGCGGUGAAGAAGGGGAAGAAGAGGAAAGGGACACAAACGACGGGGCUGCUGUCGGGAAAAGAGGCGCCAGUAGCCGGCGCUCAGCAAAGCAUAGGAAGGACGAAGACGAUGGAAAAGAUGGCGAAGAAGAGGAGUCUGAUUCCGACUGGGAGGUGACCUUGCCAACGAGACAUCAGCCCCCGCGGGUUUUCCGAGCCUCCAACUACCGAGCCUUGGUGGAGGAAGCGAAGAAGAAAGGCCACACGAAGGCGAGGACCGCUCAGCAGCCAGGUUUGUUGUCUUUGUACGGCGCAGAAAUGUGGGAGUCGAGUGAAGAAGACGACGACUGGAGCCCGGAGAAGGUCUACGGGCGCGCACAGGCGCGGAGGCUGCUCAAGAGCAGACAGAGUGAAAGCAGCUCGGACGACGAAGACUCCUCUGAGGCAUCGGAAGACGUGGAAACGCGUGGGCCUCAAGCGGCUGCGCGUGUCUGCGCCAGUGCGAUUCCAGAGAAGAACCGAGGCAUUUGUGAACACAAGAGAGAUGAAAGUCGACACCGGACGGGCAAAGACGGCGACCGCGCAUUCCCUUCUGGAAAGGACACUAGGAGUGGUAGCAGGAGCCGUCCAGACUCGAGUCGAGGAGAGGCAGGGAGGGACGGCGAAGACGAUCGAGCGAGCGAGAGUAGACGAGAGCACACCAGGAAGCGUGCAAACCUGGUUGACGGCGCAGCUGCGGAUGAAACGGCGAGUGGAGGCGCACGACGCAGACGAAAGCGACCGCGGACCGAAGAGGGCCGAGAGCGCUCGAGUACGCGUGCGGGGGAAGAGCGGCAGUCGAGUUCGAAGCAGGAAGCAAGCGGCGCACAAAGUGCCGGAGGAAAGAAACGGAGCACUCGCCAGCAUAUGCACUCGCAUCCGCGGUCUCGACAUCGCGACGGAAGAAAAAAAAGUGACAAAAGAGGGAAACUCAUGUGA